AGCGCCGGGCAAAAUUUGGCUUGAGAUGGAGCGGAGAGACAUCGGACCGGCCCUGAUAGGUUCGUUGGGCCCAGGCAAGUGGCGCUUCGCGGUUGGUGUGGCGCUGCCGGGUUUCGCGCUCUUCUCAACGAUUUAAUUGGGCAUACACUCAGACUCAUCGCGAUCUCAGCUCUUCGCCGAGCUCCCCAUCCUGUUGAUUACCUACUUACUCCCCGGCGUGCUUUGCACCCACAACCGCUGAUCACAACCGAUCGUGCGCCGCCGUUCCGCAGCAGCCGGGGUGCCUUGUCGGGGCUCUAAAUCACACCAAGCCAAGACCGCUUGCGGCCCAUCCAGCAAGGAAAAUGGCGGCCAGGCCGCGCCUGGAGGCGAGGUCGCUGUCGACCGUCAACUAUCUCGCCGCAAACCCUCCGCAGUACCCUUACCAUCCGGAGCUGCGGGAGUCGCUUACGCUGUACAUCUCGCGGGUGCCGGGUACACAAGACAUCAUCUUGUCCACGUUCCGGCCACACAAAAAGAAUGUGACCGGAGAGGACAUCACGAACUCGCUGUACUACGUCCAUCUUGACUCACCCGAAGAUGAGCUUCUGGCGGCCGCUCAGCGGGCUGAUGCUGUCGCUCCGGUCCGCACUAGCGUGGAGAGCGCAAGGAGUGUGAUCCCGCGAAAGCCGUUGCCAGCAUCUGGGCAAGCCGCAAAACUAAACCCCCAAAGCCGUACACCGGCAGAUGCGGCAGCCCCAUCGGCGCCUCCACCAAUGCUUCACGAGCCUUCUCCGCAGGCCCCAGCAUCCGAGAGUAAAACGCAGUCGGCUAGCGAAACCGUGGAAGGCUAUAGGGAAAAUCCCAUGUUCCGGAAGCGGCGAUCCGGCGUCCCGUCCGACAGCCCCGCCCCGCCGGCUCAGCCCGUAUCCUCCGCGGGGAUGAUCCAGCGAAAGGCGCUGGGAUCCAACUUGCCAAGCUCACAGGAUCGGGCCUACAUGGCCACGCCGCCAAUGCCACCAAACUCAACAGCACAGGGUCGCCCGGCGACCCCAACACAACCCCCAACACCAGCACAAUACCCUACCGGGCAGGUUGCGUCUCUAGCGUCACCCGUUUCGCCGAUGAACCUGGGCCGGACGCCGUCGCCUGGGAAGCCGGGACGGCGGCCGGCCUCGGUAUCCUUCUCGCUCACGCUCAUCCGACGCGACCCCUCGUCGGGAACGCAGUGCAACGUUGGCAAGGUCUCUGGGUUCCAGACCAACGUGCCAACGCCCGAUAACGCCGACCCAGACCUCGAUCCCGACAACAUGGGGGGUUUGGCGACACAUGCGCAGAGCAUCGACAUCCGCCUCGAGACCUCGGGCUACGCCAAGUACCGGGACAUGCCCAGCCGGGCGGAUGUGGAGGGAUACCGCCCUGCCCCAGGGUCCUCGUUUGCGCAGCAAGGCCCUCACGGCGCCGUGGGAGACGCCACGCAGGUUGGCAAGCCUGCGGCGACGCUCAAACCUGCAUGGCACCCGGCAGAGGAGGGGUUCUCGCGGCAAGUCGUCAUGUCGUACGGCCAGAGCUGGAAAUCGAACCUCAAAAGGGCCCUGCAGCGCAAAGACCGUCCCGGCAGUCCCACGCAUGACGGGCGCACGGCGGCCGAGGACCUACUUUCUGCCCGGCCCUUCCAUACGCGCCAGGGCAGCACCUCGACCAUCGGCUCCGUCGACUCGGCCGACGGGAGGCAUUCGCCCACGCUCAUCACACACCCGGGCCCGGGUCUGAAGCCGAAGGGCUACGUGUUCCUGAGCCCGUGGAACGGGCGGUGCGAGUUCCGGACCAGCACCAACGGGCGCAGCCUCAAGUGCCGCCACAUCCUCGACCCGACGUCCGCCGCGAGGCUCGACCCGCGCGAGGUGGCGCAGAGCAUCCGGGACGCGCAGGCGAUGGGCCGGUCGCGCGGCGACGAACUCACGUCGGCCCUGGUGGGGGCCAAACCCGUCAGCGAGCUGCGCUUCAACCUGCCGAGCAGCGGCGCAUCACGGGCCGAGGGCGGCGGCAGACACCGCGAUGCCAACCAUCUCUCGGCCAAGUUUAGCAAGCUGCUGCAUCACAGGUCGCGAAGCAGCAGCAGCGACAGCGACGAGGAUUUCGACGACGAGGAGGGCGGCGGCGACCACGGCGUCGAUGCGCCGAUGGAUUUGAGCCUGGGCAGGGAGCACGCUGGAGGCGGGAGCCGAGGGAGGAGAGUGAAGUUGGGGAAGCUCAUCAUCCACGACGAGGGCCUGAAGAUGCUGGAUCUGGUCGUCGCCGCAAACGUGGGCGUGUGGUGGACCACAUGGGGGCGGAUGCUCUGAGGUGUCGUCCUGUCCUGUUGUUCGAUCGCCCAGGGAACACGGAAACAAUUUUAGGCAGACAUAGGGAGACACUUCCUUGGCUGAGACCGUGGUUACACUGUGCAAAUGGUGACAUUGCACCUCCGUACUCACCUUGCUGGAGGUUAUAGAGGUCCCGC